AUGGCAUCCUCAAGGAGAAUUCCGUUACUGGCGUUUUUUACUUUGGUCACCUUGUACCUCGGUCUCGACUAUGCUGGCUUUCGCAUCAGCAUCACAUUUCCAUAUGUGAUCAAGACCGGGAAUUCCGAAGGCCCACCACUAUCUUCAGCUCUGACUCCAGGAGGUUAUAAUCCGGCAACGGCACAAGUGGAACGAAUUUUACUUUGUGCCGUAAAUCGCAAAGAGGACUUAUCUGCCCAAUCUCAAAACCAGACAGUGCUGACGACGAAUCUACUCUUGGCCUGCCCUCACCUCGCCGAUGCAAUGCUAGGGAGCCAAAAGAAAGCAUCAUUCAUUUGGCAGCUCCACAGUUAUCUGACAUCUCAACUACAACAGCCAAGAGACGAGCGUUUAGACUGGAUGUUCUUUCUCAAAGAUCACGAUAUGCUAUACUCGCAUACGCCCAGAUCGCUGAGGAAAUUUCUACCACCUUCAUCGGCCAAGAUUGAGGCCAUCUCCUUCGGGCAUGAUAGCGCGCAGCAGGCACUUGGAUUCUUUGCCAUUCGAAUAGACCAGUGGAUUGUCAGUCUACUCCAGUCGGUCCUACAGCUACGCGAAGAGCGACCGAGCUUAACUGAUAAUGAAGCUCUAACACUUGUUCUUACCGGCUCGGACAAUGCAGGCAGAGUGGCCUAUGCGCCCCAGUGGUGGCUCGAUGUUGGAAGCAGCUGUGUCGAAGGAGCCACGUGGGAAGCGCAAUUCGGUGUGAGCUACGUAGCGACAACAGACCAGCUCUGCUGUGUCCAUGAUCCAUGUCGGGAUGCGCUGGGACAGAUCACCAACCAGGCUAGUGGAGAAGGUGUUCAGGGCACCGGUCCACAGAAGGCUCUAAAACCCGACUCUGGAGCAGCUGUGGAGCGGGCAAUUGGAGAUUUCUGGAAGAUUGGACAAUUUAGUCCGCGGCUAUGA